AUGGAGAACAUGAUGCAGGGCAAUAAGAUCAGACGAGUUGCAGCUACUCGCAUGAAUGAGAGGUCAUCUCGAUCACACACGAUUUUCCGGAUUAUUCUGGAGUCGAAAGAUGCCAAUCAGAAAGAUGGACCUGUACAUAUAAGCUACCUUAACUUAAUGGACUUAGCUGGUUCUGAGAGAGUUUCUCUGACGAAAGCUGCUGGUGAGCGUCUUAAAGAGGGGGCUAACAUAAACAAAUCUUUGUCAGUAUUAGGAAAUGUGAUAAGGCAACUAAGCGAGGGGAAGGAGUUUAUCAGUUAUCGCGAUUCGAAAUUGACUAGACUGCUCUCACAGGCUCUUGGCGGUAAUGCCAAAUCAUUGAUUAUCGGGAAUAUCAGACCAAUGAUCCACCGCGAAGUAGCCGAUGGUCUAGAGCGUCUUUGGAACGUAAGAGUAAACUGCAUAUGGGAAGCCGAUGAAAGUAGUCGCCAUGGAGAGGUUUAUAUAUUCGACCAUGUAUUUAAGCAGGAAUGUACAAAUUCAGAUGUAUAUGGAUCUGUAGUAAAACCUUUAGUCGAUUCCUUCAUGGAAGGUUUCAAUGCCACAAUAUUUGCAUAUGGCCAAACAUCUUCUGGCAAAACACACACCAUUUUGGGCAAUAAAACAGAUCCUGGGCUUUUCCAAUUAGUAUCCAAUCAGUUAUUCCAGCAUGUGGCAGACCAGGUUGAUAAGAGGUACUUGAUUAGAUGCAGUUAUAUUGAAAUCUACAAUGAAAAGAUCAAUGACCUCCUGGAUAAGAGCAAUCAGGGUUUAACUAUAAGAGAAGAUAUCAAAGGAAAUGUGCUGCUUGAUGCAAGGGAAGCUGUCGUAGACAAUGUUGAUAAAGUUAUGGAGAACAUGAUGCAGGGCAAUAAGAUCAGACGAGUUGCAGCUACUCGCAUGAAUGAGAGGUCAUCUCGAUCACACACGAUUUUCCGGAUUAUUCUGGAGUCGAAAGAUGCCAAUCAGAAAGAUGGACCUGUACAUAUAAGCUACCUUAACUUAAUGGACUUAGCUGGUUCUGAGAGAGUUUCUCUGACGAAAGCUGCUGGUGAGCGUCUUAAAGAGGGGGCUAACAUAAACAAAUCUUUGUCAGUAUUAGGAAAUGUGAUAAGGCAACUAAGCGAGGGGAAGGAGUUUAUCAGUUAUCGCGAUUCGAAAUUGACUAGACUGCUCUCACAGGCUCUUGGCGGUAAUGCCAAAUCAUUGAUUAUCGGGAAUAUCAGACCAAUGAUCCACCGCGAAGUAGCCGAUGGUCUAGAGCGUCUUUGGAACGUAAGAGUAAACUGCAUAUGGGAAGCCGAUGAAAGUAGUCGCCAUGGAGAGGUUUAUAUAUUCGACCAUGUAUUUAAGCAGGAAUGUACAAAUUCAGAUGUAUAUGGAUCUGUAGUAAAACCUUUAGUCGAUUCCUUCAUGGAAGGUUUCAAUGCCACAAUAUUUGCAUAUGGCCAAACAUCUUCUGGCAAAACACACACCAUUUUGGGCAAUAAAACAGAUCCUGGGCUUUUCCAAUUAGUAUCCAAUCAGUUAUUCCAGCAUGUGGCAGACCAGGUUGAUAAGAGGUACUUGAUUAGAUGCAGUUAUAUUGAAAUCUACAAUGAAAAGAUCAAUGACCUCCUGGAUAAGAGCAAUCAGGGUUUAACUAUAAGAGAAGAUAUCAAAGGAAAUGUGCUGCUUGAUGCAAGGGAAGCUGUCGUAGACAAUGUUGAUAAAGUUAUGGAGAACAUGAUGCAGGGCAAUAAGAUCAGACGAGUUGCAGCUACUCGCAUGAAUGAGAGGUCAUCUCGAUCACACACGAUUUUCCGGAUUAUUCUGGAGUCGAAAGAUGCCAAUCAGAAAGAUGGACCUGUACAUAUAAGCUACCUUAACUUAAUGGACUUAGCUGGUUCUGAGAGAGUUUCUCUGACGAAAGCUGCUGGUGAGCGUCUUAAAGAGGGGGCUAACAUAAACAAAUCUUUGUCAGUAUUAGGAAAUGUGAUAAGGCAACUAAGCGAGGGGAAGGAGUUUAUCAGUUAUCGCGAUUCGAAAUUGACUAGACUGCUCUCACAGGCUCUUGGCGGUAAUGCCAAAUCAUUGAUUAUCGGGAAUAUCAGACCAAUGAUCCACCGCGAAGUAGCCGAUGGUCUAGAGCGUCUUUGGAACGUAAGAGUAAACUGCAUAUGGGAAGCCGAUGAAAGUAGUCGCCAUGGAGAGGUUUAUAUAUUCGACCAUGUAUUUAAUCAGGAAUGUACAAAUUCAGAUGUAUAUGGAUCUGUAUCGAUUCCUUCAUGGAAGGUUUCAAUGCACAAUAUUUGCAUAUGGCCAAACAUCUUCUGGCAAAACACACACACCAUUUUGGGCAAUAAAACAGAUCCUGGGCUUUUCCAAUUAGUAUCCAAUCAGUUAUUCCAGCAUGUGGCAGACCAGGUUGAUAAGAGGUACUUGAUUAGAUGCAGUUAUAUUGAAAUCUACAAUGAAAAGAUCAAUGACCUCCUGGAUAAGAGCAAUCAGGGUUUAACUAUGAGAAGAUAUCAAAGGAAAUGUGCUGCUUGA